CGGCCGAGCCGUGGCCAUGGCUGGGGCGGCGGGAUGCGCCGCCGUUGCGCGCCGUCUCCUCCCGACGCUCCUCUCCUUCCUGCUGGCCUCUUCCAGCGGCCCCGGAGCGGCGGCCAACACCCAGGUCAUGGGAGCUGCCCUUGGUCCCCCACUCGGAGACCCCCAAGUGGCCAUGUUCUGUGGGAAGCUGGUUUUGCAUCUGAAUGUACAAACAGGUCGUUGGGAGCCAGAUGCCUUCGGCACCCACACUUGCUUCCGUACCACCGAAGAGAUCCGCAGCUACUGCCAGGAGGUAUACCCCGAGCUGCAGAUCACCAAUGCUGUGGAGGGAACCCAGCCUGUCGCGAUCGACAACUGGUGCAAGAAAGGGCGACCCAAGUGCAGAAACCAUCGGCACAUCGUGGUUCCCUAUCGGUGUCUGGUGGGUGAAUUUGUGAGCGAGGCGCUCCUCGUGCCCGACAAAUGCAAGUUCCUGCAUCAAGAGAAGAUGGACUCAUGUGAGAGCUACUUGUAUUGGCAUAGCGUGGCAAAAGAGGCCUGCAGCCCUGAGGAACUGGUGCUUCACAGCUACGGCAUGUUGUUGCCCUGCGGGGCUGACCGCUUCCGGGGGGUCGAGUACGUGUGUUGUCCCUUGCGCCCAGCACCGGUCAGGGUCGAACAAGCCACUGAGGCCCCGCCAAGCCUUGCCCAUAUGAGGGCAGAAGCAGUGUACAGCAACAAGGUUCCAACAGCUCGCAUCCCAACGGAAGAAGAAAGCCUGGAGCUGGAAGAUCGGGACCUGGAGGAGGAGGAGGAAGAAGUGGAGGAGGAAGAGGAGGAAGAAGAAGAGGAGGAGGAGAGCCCUCCAGACAAUGCCUCAGACACAGACCCCUUCCCUAACGCCUGGGAUGACUACUUCGUGGAGCCGGGUUACUACGACGACAGCAUCACCCAGACGACCAUCACCACAACUACUCAGACCACUGAAGAGGAUGUCAAAGUGACCCCAACCCCUCGCCCGACAGAUGGAGUGGACGUUUACUUUGAAAUGCCUGGAGAUGGGAGUGAGCACGCCAACUUCCUGAGAGCCAAGAUGGACCUGGAGGAGCGCCGCAUGAGGCAGAUCAAUGAGGUGAUGAAGGAGUGGGCCGAGGCCGACAACCAAGCCAAGAACUUGCCCAAGACUGACCGCCAGGCACUCAACGAGCAUUUCCAAUCCAUCCUCCAGACAUUAGAAGAGCAGGUAGCCAAGGAACGACAGCGACUGGUGGAGACCCACCUUGCCCGGGUGGUGGCCCUGCUGAAUGAUAACCGCCGUGCAGCACUCGAGAGCUACCUGACGGCUGUGCAGAGCGAUAACCCUCAGCCGGACCGCGUCCUGGCAGCCCUGAAGAGGUACGUGCGGGCAGAACAGAAAGACCAGCGGCACACCCUCCGCCACUACCAGCACGUGGCUGCUGCCGAUCCCGAGAAGGCUGAGCAAAUGAAGUUUCAGGUUUAUACCCACCUCCAUGUCAUUGAAGAACGGAUGAACCAGAGUUUGGCUUUGCUGUACAAGAAUCACCAGCUGGCUCAAGAGCUCCGCGGGGACAUUGAGGAGCUGCUGCGAUCAGAACGGGUGGCAACCAAUGACCUGCUCACCACCUCCAUCUCGGAGACACGCACCACUGAGGAGUUCCUCCCUGUCGACAGUAGUGAGGACAUGGCUGCUGAGAGUCAUUCAUACCCACGUGAUGGAGAAGCUUCUGGUCUGGCUGAAUAUGACUACCCAACCAGCGACAAAGCCUUGCUCUAUGAGUAUGAACGGAAAGUUAAUGUGUCUGCCUCGGACCUCAAAGGCCUGGUGUACAAAUCCCAAGAGAUCCAACGUGACGAGUUGGAACCAGACACCUUGGUGACCAUCAAUAGGGGCGCCCUGAUCGGCCUUCUAGUGGUGGCUGUGGCGGUUGCCAUGGUGAUCAUCGUCAGUCUCCUGAUGGUCCGCCGGAAGCCCUACGGGACCAUCAGCCAUGGCAUUGUUGAGGUUGAUCCGAUGGUUAGCCCCGAGGAGCGGCAGCUGAACAAGAUGCAGAACCACGGCUACGAGAACCCCACCUACAAAUUCUUUGAGGAGAUGAACUGAGUCCUUCGGUGCUAAGGGGGUGGGGGAGGGGUGGGGAAUGUGGUGUGUCACUGGGGGAGGCGGGCAUUACCAUGGGGGUGGGAAGGGGGUGGUAUCUACAGGGGGAGAGGGGUAGGUUCUCCAAACACUUCCCCCACCGAUCUCCUCUCCCUCUGCUCUGACUGAGCGUUGUCCUUUUGUCCUCACGGAUUCCUUUUGUUCCCCCGCCCCCCAACUGCCAUAUUCCUCUCCAUGCAUACCUUUCUGGGCUUUAUGGCUCCCAUUGCUAGCCCCUCCCCACAUCCUCUACCCUCAAUUCUCACAAUUCCUUAGGGCCCCUCCCCAAUACUGCUGGUCUCAGAUGCCGUUUCCAGGUAUCUCGGCUCGUCUGGCUACCUCCGCAAAGCACCCAGAUCCCACGCUUGAACCUGCAGUAUCUUGGAAAAACGGGGAUGGGGGGGCACGCCGAGGACCACACGCCUGCACCCUUAACGACUCAUGCGCGCACAUCGCUAACCAGUGCUCAGUCGCUUGGGGCUGUCACACAAACUUCCUCUUUGACCUUAACACAGACGGACCUUAGCUUUGACAAGAAAGACCCCCCCACACCUCCGAAUUUUUUGUGCAGAUAACACCACAUCCCACUGAGCCCCAGCCUGUCCACUGCCCUUUCUGUCCACCGCCACUCAUUUGUAACCCCACCUUUUUCUUUGGUAGCUCGUGCACAAGAUAAAGAUUGUGCACACUCAGAUUUACCCCCCUUGCUAACCCUGCCGGCCUCUUGUGUAAGAAUCCACGUCUGCCUACACUUGCUUGCCUCACUCCCCCCCCCCACCACCACCACUUACCUUGUAUUAUGCUUCCUUUUUUCACCUCCUCACUAUUUGCACUUAAUUUAUUGGAAAGCAAGCUGUGAGGGCGAUCGCAGCGGGUGAGCCCUUCCACUUUCCUUGUUCCCAGUAACUUCCAUCAGCACCUUUACUGACUCGUUCAGGGAGGGGAGAAGAGAAAAUUGAAAGCAAACCCCCCCCCCCCCUCGCUUCCACUCCUUAACGAUGUAAGGGAGACAGGUGAAGUUGCUGAAAACAGACAAGAGGGCUGGUCUUUGUCCAUCCCGGGAGUUCCUUGGCUUGGCCCUAAGGUCACCAGUGGCAAUAGAGGCAGGAGAGUCCAUUUCUGGGUGAGACUGAUUUUUGCCCUCUGCAAGCAGGACAUUUCCCCGAUAGUGGAACCUCGCCGAUCACUGCAAGGGUGGUCAUGCUAUGACAUUUGUCGUCAUCUUCCAAAGAUCUUUGGGAACAAGCCAUCUUGGAAGAGAAGGAGGAGGACGGUGGCCCGCUGAGGCCGCUGUGUUGCCUUGCAAUGACAUCUGCCCACCAAAACUUUUCCCUACUGCUGGAGGGUGGGAGGUGGCUCUUGGUUUCACCAGCUUUUACAGGGUCGCCGACAGGUGGCAAAUUAAGGAAAUAGACUACAUUGGUUGACUUACACUACUGGCGCUUAGGGGGUGGAUUUUAGAACACUAGCGGGGGGGGGGACUGAUUUUUGGUUUUGUUUGUUCGCUUUCCCAAGACCUAAUUAAUUAAUGAUCAUAGGGCAUUAUGUGUGAAAUAGCCAGGAGAUCCCGGAAGGGAUUGUUUGGCUGCUGAAACUAUAGCUCUUUUUGGCAUCAGUAGUUGGCAAGCUAUGCUUAUUUUUUAGACUGAGAGUGCCGUGACUUGCCUAAGGUCACCCACCUAGCUUCAAGUGGGGGAACUGGACCUGGUUCUCCAGAUUAGAUUCUCAGCCAUGACACCAAGCUGAUUCUGUCCCAAGACCUAAUCCUCCUGGACAGGCAUUAUGGUAGAGGGAGGAUUCUACCCAUGAAAAGUUGCCAGAGCCCAACCCACCAAUAGGGCUAUUGCCACUCUACCAGUUGCACAGCAAUACACAGGUUUUCUCAUGUGCUGAGUUCCCCACAUCACAGGAGACUAGACACUUGGAGACCUGGAAGAAACAGGAAGCCCCCUGUGAAAGCUGGCAGCCCCCCACUCACCCCACGCACACACACACCAAGGAUGUGAGCAGGCAGAUCGGCCACCUGCAACCUUUCUGGUUCCUUGCCAGACUCGGUUUGGGGAAGGCGUAAUGUAGCGUGUCCAGAAACACGCUCUGUUAUUCCGUUGUUUGCCUAUUCACUCCCUGCCUUUCCUUCCUCCCUCGCCCCACUUUCUGUUUAGUUCUUGUUCCUUUUUACUGUUAGUUUCUUUUUAAGAAAAGCUGACAUUCUUGGAAUCAAGAUGCAAAAAUAUGUCAAACCAGGAACUGGAUUUCAAUUGCCAGCCCUCCCACCAAACUAAUAAAAUAUUGUCACUUCUCUAA